GCCCUCGCCGUUUGUUGAAAUUGUAUGGAUGUUUUCAUAUAUGUGUUGGUGUCGGUCGUCGUUCGGUUGCUCGCCGCCAUGCUAGUGGUUAGUCUAGUGAACCAAACGUCAUGAUGUGGCAAUACGUUAGCACAAGUUAAAGAGGUGUCUGGGUGACACACGGAGUUGCCGGCAAGUCGACAUUAUGCAGUCCACAUAACCCGUUUGAUAACGUCUCAACGCGAGCGUGAUUGAAAACAAAAAGUCCGUCAAACAUCGCUUACUAGUGCCGCCUUUGGGCCGCGCGCGCGAUCAAGGGAAAAAACAGAGCAGGGGGGAAAGAGAGUAGUAUUAACUAAGAGUAAGAAUCAACUGAGAAAUACCAACAUCAUUUACAAACAUACAUUUCAAAACAAUAUUCUUGAUUGAUGGAUUCCGCGUUUUAAGAUGCCGCACAAAGUUAAUUCGGUAUUGAUACUUUGAUGUUCAAGCAGUAAGGCGCGGGAUUUCGGACGCGGGUGUGUAGGACUGCUUCUACGAUAUACGAUAUACAACUUGGACUUGGCGUUGAGAAGUACGACGACACGGACUUCUCUUCCUCGGUGCAACAUUCUCCAACCAACACGAUGCUUGAUCCAAGUGUAUUAACGGAUUUAGAGGAAUUGACUCUAUGUGGUUAUUGCAAACAAAAGUACAAUAAUGCUGAGCAAUGUCCAAAAUAUCUAAGCUGCAAGCACUAUUUUUGCUUGCGUUGUAUAGAAAAUAAUUUGUUAAAAGGACGUGAAUUAUUAUGUGCUCAUUGCUGGAAGAGAACAGAACUUGGUGAUCAAGGACCUGAUGCAUUACCUACUAAUUCUCCUCUACUUGCCUUGGCCAACAGUUUUUCCUACCUCAAAAUUAAUUCGAGUAACAACACAUCUUGCAAACAACAAACUGAGAAAGAAAGAAAGAGUGAAAAUUGUCACACCCAUGGAAUGCCUCUUGCCUUGUGGUGUUCAUCAUGCUGUGUAUUACUAUGUCGAGCUUGUGCAACACCUCAUGAACAUCCUGGCCAUCAAAUAAAAACGCAAUCAGAUGCCAAAGAACAACUUAUAUCCGACGUCCAACUGGAAUUAGUCACAAUGGGAAAGUUAUCCACAGAGAUUCAGAGACUGGCAACGCAGCAAAGAGAGUUUUUAAUUAAAGUUCUAGAAGCUUGUGUUACAUUGAAGACACACGUAGAGACUGAUUUGCAAAAUGGAUGGACUCACUUUCCAGAAAUAUCAGAAGCUCGGGAAACUCUUGGGAAGGCGAAAGCAAGUUUACAGGUCAGUGACGGACCAAGUGAUGUUUAUAGUCUUCAUUCUCAUCUUGUAAUGGAAAAACAGAGGUUACAAAGCAAAUAUCAAGAAAUGAUGCUACAAUGUCAAUUGGAUGAUUUAAUCGGUAAUUCCCGAGUCGUGUUUGAUUUCCCCCUUCUAAAGCAAGCCCUUGCAAGUAUUCAUUCAGGUGAGCCAAUCUUACUUCAGGCACCAGGAAAUGGACGAGUACCCAAUAAUCUAGCGGCCGCCCAAAAUCCUAUUCUCUUCCUAGCGAAUUAUUGCAUGUCUCAAUUAUAUUCAAGAUAUGUAGUGAGCAAACAGCACAUUCAGAAUGGUUCUAUUGACUAUCACACUAACAUGAUGCCAGCUCCAGCUCCACUUGGAUCUAUUCAAAUUCAUCCAGUUCCACUAACACAACAACAACCACCACCACCACCUCCUCAACAACAGCCUCAAUUACUUAUUCCACCUGGUUCACCAUCAGUAAAACCAGUAGCAACAGCUCCUAAUUCCAUUCUUCAACCUCAACAAAAUUCUUUCAUACAAGACAACAAUUCAAGUGGUGCUAGUGCUGUUGGAGGCCUAUCAGCUGUUCAUUCACCAACAAGCAACAGUAAUAUGACAGUCGCACUUCGUGGUCCAUCAAAUCCUUAUCCAAUGUAUUAUUUUAAUAUUGAAGUCAAUGGAUCUCCACAUGGAAGAAUUGUUAUUGAAGUACGGCCUGAUGUCGCACCAAAAAUGGCAAAAAAUUUUAGCGUUUUAGCAACGGGUGAAAUAGGUGUAGGUUACAAAGGAUGUUCGAUAUUCCAAUGUUGGGAAGGUGAAUCAGUAAUCACUGGCGAUUUUGAACUUAAUAAUGGUCGAGGUGGACGUAGCAUUUAUGAAGAUGGCUAUUUCAUGCCUGAUGAUACCAAGUUUCCUGCUGUUAGAGGCGCAGUCGGUAUGCGUCGAACACAAAAACGACACGAUAAUUUUGGAAUGGUGGGUUCGCAAUUUCGAAUAAUACUUCAAGAGAUGCGUGGUUUUACUGGUAUCUUUGGGCAUGUUGUUGAAGGUUUAGAACUAGUUGAAAAAAUAUCUACGUUCGGUGAUCAAACUGGUAAACCUACCAAAACGAUUAUUAUUACGAAAUGUGGAAAAUUGUAACGCACCAUCGAUAAAUGAGUGCAAACAAAUGCAAUUCGAUGACCUUUAUGCGUUUUUGCAAUUCGGAAUCAUUAGGAAGUAAAUGUAUUGUGUGAAAAAAUUUCAUUGAUUAAAAGAAUCAUGGUAUAAAUAUAUAUAUAUAUAAAAUAAUAAUAUAACGGCGUGACCAUCGUUAUACGUAGGUUGCACCUUUUGUGCUUAUGGUGCACUGUUGAGUUUAAUUUAAGUGAAUCCAUUAACACUAUACAAAUAGAGAUUUAAAGAUGUUGAAUCUAUUUUUGAAGCGAGAAUAUAAAGAAGAAACUAAGAAAAAUAAUGAUGUUGAAAUUGAUAAUAGAUCCAUAUUUUUUGCUAUAUAUGAAAGGCAUCUAUAUCUGGAUAGAAUGCCAUGUCUACGAAAAACGACGAUGGUUCCAAUACAUACGUACCUCAUAUCGAUCGUAAAAUCGAUAAAAAAAAACAAAACUUUUUAGCUAUAUAAAGUUUAUUUUGACACACGACUUGUCAUUUAUAAUCAUUAUAUAUUUUCUCUUCUUGACUUUACCUAUACGAUAAAACUCUAGAUUUUUUAAAGAGGUAAUCGCGAAAGAUGGACCUUAGUUUUGACGAUAUAUUUAGCAAGCGAUAUGUAUAAAAAAAUAAGUGUAUUAAUGAAGAAGAAGAAGAAGUCAUGAAAAAAAGAUGAAAAUUAUUAUAAGAAUUAUGACGAGUGUGUGAAUAAACACAUGUUGAAUUUAUAUAUUAUGUAUGUAAAAAUGAUUAUUAUAUGCAAUACAUAAUAUAUAAAUUCAUAGAUAUAUUUUUAGUUGAGGACUUGUGUGUUGUUGGUCAAUGUAAUUGAAAGAUUUUUUGUGAAAUUUAUAGAAUUAUCAAUGGUGUUAAUUAUUUGAUUGUACAGCAGCGAAAAAAUAAGGUUGACUUUAGAGACAAAUAAAAUGUCUUCCUUAUUUUCUUUCGUUACUCCAUGAUUAUUGUACAGAUCAGUCUUAUGAAAAAGCUGUACUGUAUUAUAAUAUUUAGAAUCUAAAUGUGCGAAUAUAUAUGGGGCCUAAUUGCAAGCGUAGACCGCGAAGAAAUGUCCUCGUGAUAUCAAAAUAAACUUCCGAUCGUCAGUGGCGACAAAAAAUCUUAAUGAAUUAUAAUAUUAUAAAAUACAAAAAAAAAAUAUAUAAGACAAAGAAGGAAUCUACGCGAUGUAUAUCUGAACAAAUCAUUCCUUUAUAAUAUAUAUAUGAAAAAAUAUAUGUAUAUCAAAAUAUUAAAAGAUUACAUAUGCGUUAGAGAGAAUAAAAAUUGCUCGUAUAAAAUGUUCGUUAAUUCUAAUUGUUAUGUAUUAUAAAGUGUAAAAACGAAUAUUCCCGCGUAAUGGUACAAUGGUAGUCCAAUGAUAAGACGGUAUUAAUCGUGAAAAAUAAUUAGUUAUGAGAAGAAUUAAAAGAAUGCACUCACACGUAAUUUCUUAAAUGUACACAUGGAGAGGUAAUAUUGCACAUCAUGUUGUUGUGAACGCCUUUUUGUGAAGUGAAUUUCAUUUUGACGUUAAAUAUAAAAGUUUUAAAAUUUGUUGGUUGUAUGAAAAUUAUGUACAAUUAGGCGAGGUAAUUAUUGAAUAAGGACGCGGGAAGAAAGGGAAAAUAUAAAUGUAGUUAAGAAUGAGUAUAUAAUAAUGAUAGAUAUCAUUAUUAUUAUUAAUGAAAAAUAUGUCAUCGUAUUAUGACAAAACAUAUUAAACAUAUAUCCUGAAGUGUGCAAAUCACGACGAAUUAAAACGAAAUAAACUUAUAUUUUCUGAGCUCCGAUGUAGCCCACGUGUCCGCGCUAAUUAAAAAAAAAUUACAUUUAAAAACAAUAUUAUUCACGAUAUUAUAAAAACACGUCCUAUCUGUACAUAGACAUAUAUUUUUAUGAACGCGACGAGGUAAAAAAAAAACGCGUAGAUUGUAAUACCGAUUUCGAUGACCUUCAGUUGUAUCCUUACCCUCGCAAAUCGAAUUACAACAGUAAAAUAUAUCAAGUCUAAAUAAUAAAAAAAAAACACAAUCUAUCAUGACUAAAUUUGUAAGUUGCAUUUUAACUAUUUUUUUUAAAUUUUUCGUUUCACAUGUGUUGUAUGUUUUUGUUGUAUGGCAAGGAAAAUUUUUAACUGAAAGAUUUUUUUUUGUACUAUUGACAAUAGAA